AUGAUAAGUGGUACUGCAAUAAGGCCAGAUUUGUCGUGCUUGGUUAAUGAAAUCCCUAUUCUGAAUUCAGAGAUUAAACUACCUGGAUUUACACCUCUCCAACAACAAAAAGAUAGAUUGAAAGUACAAUUGCGAGGGCGUAAAUCCAUCAAUCAGCUGUUAAGAAUGAAAGGUGAUCCAGAAGAAAUGGAGAUUUGGUGGAAUCAUACGUUAUGA